AUGUCGGGCCCGCAGAAGAGUGCCUAUGCCCUCCUCUCCGCGCUGUGCGACUGCAGCUCGGACCGCUUCCAGCCGGUCCGCAGGCUGCUGAUGUCCACGGGCGGUCUCGACGCUGAGGGCUUCAUUGACGCCAGGGGGUUGUUGAUGGCUUUGGACACGUUCGACAUCACCCACACCAUCGGCACCGAGGAGGAGAUGUGCGCGAUCAUGAGGCUCAUCGAUUCCGAGUGCGACGACAAGCUCGACGCGUUCAGCUUGGAGAAGGAAGCACCGAGUACGUGCGGGAGAACCGGCGCUUGCGCUGGCCGGACAUCUACGAUUGUGAGGAGCGCGCGGAGGCGGGGCUCGGCGACGCCGGCGGCGGUGCCUCCCUCGGCGCAGAGGCGCGGCGGCUGA